AAAAAACUUCGUCCGCUGCAGUGUGCCGUGUGCCCAUAAAUAUUCAAAAUGUUGUAAAUGAUGUUAAUGGCAAACCACAACAACAUUGUGCAUCUUAUUUGAUGUUAAUGAGCAUCUGCCUGAAGAAACAUGAAUGAUGAAGGUCCAUCAGAUUCCGAGAACAGUUUUGAUGCAAGAAAUCAAGGUAACAAAAAUGGGUCCCCACCAAGAGUACAGACAGCAGGAAUCUUUGGGAAUGUGCAAAGGCUUCAUCCAACCCGUCCAUCUGAGAAUCUCCUAAGACUCCAGCCGGCGAGACUGUCAGAGAACACUCCUCGGCUUCAGUCAGCAAGAUCUUUGGAUAAUGCUCCAAGGUUCCAAGUAGCAAGAUCAUCAGAGAAUACUCCAAGGUUCCAAGGUGCAAGAUCAUCAGAGAAUGUCCCCCGGCCUCAAGCAGCAAAAUCUACAGAGAAUGCUCCUCGACCUCAAAUGUCAAGACCUUCAGAGAAUUUACAAAGGCCACAGACAAUUUGGCCUUCUGAGAAUGUUCCUAGACUUCAGUCAGUACAACCAACAGAGAAUGUUCAGAGACUGCAGCCAGUAAGGCCUUCAGAGAAUGUUCCUCCAGAAAUCAGUGUGUAUGACUGUAACAGUGAGGAAGAGGAUGAGGCUGUUCAACCCCCUCCUAGGAAGCGGGCAGCUCUUUCCCCUCUCAAGCCACUUAAUCCCACUGUUUCCAAGACUGUUGAGUCCAGUCAGCCCACCAAAGCCAAAGUCAAGUACAUGGGCUCUGUCAGUGGUCCCAGUGGACUGUCUGUAAGGCAAGACUCAAUUGCUGGGUCCAAAGACUCACCAGAACAAACAGAGAAUAAUGCCAUUUAUUAUGUAUUCAGUCAGAGACUCCUGCAGUUAUGUGAUCAGGUGCCAAAGAUACCUAAAAGGGCCAGUAUGGUACACACCUUGAUUGAAGCAUAUGAUCUACUAGAUCAUGUGACCCUGAUCACUCCGGAGUUUGCCACAAAAGACGAGCUGUUAGCCUUCCACUCUCAGGAGUAUAUUGAGUUCUUAGAGAGGGUCAACUUGGAGGAAGACUCAGAGAAAGAUGAGGAACUCAAACAACAGUUUGGCUUAGGUUAUGACUGCCCCAACCUGCCAUUAGUGUAUGACUUUGUGAGAUUGGUCGCGGGUGCAUCUCUCAGCUGUGCCAAAGCUUUAAUUCAACAGAAAUGUAGGAUUGCUAUCAAUUGGAAUGGAGGCUGGCACCAUGCAAGGAGAGAUGAAGCUGCUGGAUUCUGCUAUGUCAAUGAUAUUGUUCUUGCCAUCCUAAAACUCAAGGAGCAUUUCAACCGUGUUCUCUACAUUGAUUUGGAUCUACAUCAUGGUGAUGCUGUAGAUGAUGCGUUUAUCUUCACUCCCAAAGUGAUGACUGUCUCUCUUCACAAACACUCACCAGGGUUCUUUCCAGGUACUGGUAGUUUGAAUCGAGUAGGAGGGGGAAGGGGAAAGUUCUACACUGUCAGCGUUCCUCUCAAAGAUGGUAUCAAAGAUGAACAGUACUCUGAUCUCUUCACAAGGGUUAUGGAGCAAGUACGUGUGAAGUUCCAACCCAGCGUGGUAGUGGUCCAGUGUGGAGCAGAUACACUCUCAUCUGAUCCUAUGCAAUCCUUCAACCUUACCCCCCUAGGGGUGGGGCAGUGUGUGUCCAGGGUACUGUCAUGGAAACUACCAACUCUCCUAUUGGGUGGGGGAGGUUAUAACAUGGCUAAUACUGCUAGAUGCUGGUCCUAUCUAACAGGUCUGGUCUUAGGAAAGAAGUUACCAUCAGAAAUACCAGACCAUGAGUUUUUCUUGGAGUAUGGACCUGGUUAUCAGCUAGAGGUUUGUCCUGCUCACUAUACAAACUGCAACUCAGUGGAAUACAUGGAGACAAUUGCCAAGGCUAUUACAAAAAAUUUAGAGAAUGUGAGAUGAGUUCGUGGUGAAGCACCAAAUAACCAAAGAUGCUGUGGAAUGGAUGUGCUAUAGAGGAUUUCAGUAUGAAUAUACUGGGUAACUCGUGUAUGGUGGAUGAAUCAGUUUGCUGGAAAUAUGGCGUAUAUCAUGACAUGUACAACUGUGUAUGCUGAAUUGCAAAAUGAACCUGCUUUUAAUUUUAGGGCAUU